GAAUCUGACCUUCAGUUCCUCUUCCUCUGCCUUCUGCUCACCAGCACGAGACACCCAGGCAAAGCAUGCCUCUUUCUUUAUUUUGCCUUGCUGUAGCUCACACUAGCUGCUGCUAUGCAGUCCUGUAGCAUGAUAGCAGGAAUUGUGUUAGGUUAGCUUUUGCUGACUGUCACGCUUCUCUAACGCUCCUCUCUAGUCUGGCUAUUCCUUCUAGGGGAAGGAGGACAUCAGCCUUUCAGCGCUAAGCUUGCUUUCCCCAGAGCAGUCCAAGAAGAAAAGAAGAGACUUGGGUAUCUUCUUACAAACCAGCCCAUCUGCUUGCCAGUGUUUUGCUCUUCCUGCCAGGGAUGACAUUCCAGAUUCAGUUCUGACUCCUCAUUAUGUAAGGCAGUCUAGGUCAAGUAUAGGAGAGAGAAAGAGUCUCUAUUGACCUGAACAGCCUAAUGCUUCAUGGGAGCAUGGAAGUUGGAUUAUGACCUUUUGCUACAUCUACGUAGUACUUCCUUAUGCAAGAGAAUAACUAGUAAUUAAAAUGUGCAGGAUGACAAGAUGGAGCAGCCAGUGCUUGUACCACCAGGUCCGGACAGCUUUCACUACUUCACUAGAGAGUCUCUUGCAGCUAUCGAACAACGCAUUGCUGCAGAAAAAGCCAAGCAGUCCAAACAAGACCAUAAAGACAAUGACGAAAAUGGGCCAAAACCAAGUAGUGACUUGGAGGCUGGCAAAUCACUGCCAUUUAUUUAUGGUGACAUCCCUCCUGGAAUGGUCGCUACUCCCUUGGAAGACCUGGAUCCAUUUUAUGUUAAUACAAAAACUUUUAUAGUAUUGAAUAGAGGGAAGGCAAUUUUCCGAUUCAGUGCCACCCCUGCCCUAUACAUUUUAACUCCUUUCAACCCUCUUAGAAAAAUAGCUAUUAAGAUUUUGGUACAUUCAUUAUUCAGCAUGCUCAUUAUGUGCACUAUUUUGACCAACUGCGUAUUUAUGACCCUAAGUAACCCCCCUGAUUGGACAAAGAAUGUAGAAUAUACAUUCACAGGAAUAUAUACCUUUGAAUCCCUUAUAAAAAUAGUUGCAAGGGGCUUUUGUAUAGAUGGUUUCACUUUCCUCCGAGAUCCUUGGAACUGGCUUGAUUUUACUGUCAUUACAUUUGCAUAUGUGACAGAGUUUGUGGACCUGGGUAAUGUCUCAGCAUUGAGAACAUUCAGAGUUCUCCGGGCAUUGAAAACAAUAUCAGUCAUCCCAGGUCUGAAGACAAUUGUGGGAGCUCUCAUUCAGUCUGUGAAGAAACUAUCCGAUGUGAUGAUUCUGACAGUGUUUUGUCUGAGUGUCUUUGCUCUCAUAGGACUCCAACUGUUCAUGGGCAACUUGAGGCAUAAAUGUUUGUAUUGGAAUCCACCAAAUUCUACAGAUUCUAAUGAUACUGAUCUAUUUAAUACUACAUUUGGAGAAAACGGUACAUUGAAUAAUACUCCAUUUGACUGGGAUGCAUACAUAAAAGAUGAAAAUAAUUUUUAUUUUUUGGAAGGACAAAAUGAUGCUUUGCUUUGUGGUAACAGCUCUGAUGCAGGUCAAUGUCCAGAAGGCUAUUUUUGCAUAAAAGCUGGAAGGAAUCCAAACUACGAUUAUACAAGUUUUGAUACAUUCAGUUGGGCCUUCUUGUCUCUCUUUCGACUGAUGACUCAGGACUUCUGGGAAAAUCUUUAUCAGCUGACUCUACGUGCUGCUGGCAAAACAUACAUGAUCUUUUUUGUCCUGGUGAUUUUCUUGGGUUCUUUCUACCUGAUCAACUUGAUCCUGGCUGUUGUUGCCAUGGCCUAUGAAGAGCAGAAUCAAGCCACCAUGGAAGAAGCUGAGCAGAAAGAGGCAGAGUUCCAGCAGAUGCUGGAACAGCUGAAAAAACAUCAAGAAGCAGUCCAGGCAGCGGCGAUUGCAGCAGCAACUGCAUCUGCAGAAUCUAAAGACCCCAGCACAGGAGGUGGAACGGGGCAACAUUCAGAAAGUUCAUCUGAAACAUCCAAAUUGAGUUCCAAGAGUGCCAAAGAGAGAAGAAAUAGAAGGAAGAAAAGAAAACAAAAAGAACAAUCUGGUGGAGAGGAAAAAGAUGAAGAUGAGUUUCACAGAUCUGAAUCUGAAGAUAGUAUCAGGAGAAAAGGUUGCCGAUUCUCCAUUGAAGGGAAUAGGUUAACAUUAGAACGAAAGCAUUCUUCUCCCCAUCAGUCUUUGCUGAGCAUGCGUGGCUCGCUGUUUUCCCCACGGCGCAACAGCAGAACAAGCCUUUUCAGCUUCAGAGGUAGAGCAAAGGAUAUAGGAUCAGAGAAUGACUUUGCUGAUGAUGAACACAGCACUUUUGAAGAUAAUGAUAGCAGAAGAGAUUCUCUUUUUGUGCCGCGCAGACAUGGUGAACGGCGCAACAGUAACAUUAGUCAGGCCAGUAGGUCAUCCAGGAUGCUGGCAGUGUUUCCAGUGAAUGGGAAGAUGCACAGCACUGUGGAUUGCAAUGGGGUGGUUUCCUUGGUUGGUGGACCAUCUGUUCCUACAUCGCCUGUUGGACAGCUUCUGCCAGAGGUGAUAAUAGAUAAAGCAGCUACUGAUGACAAUGCCACAACAACAGAAACUGAAAUGAAAAAAAGAAGAUCAAGUUCUUUCCAUAUUUCUAUGGACUUUUUGGAAGACCCCACAAUAAGAGAAAGAGGCAUGAGUGUAGCUAGUAUAAUCACAAACACCAUGGAAGAACUUGAAGAGUCACGGCAGAAGUGUCCACCUUGCUGGUACAAAUUUGCUAACAUUUUCUUAAUCUGGGACUGCUGCCCGGGUUGGCUGAAAGUAAAGCAUUUUGUUAACAUCAUAGUGAUGGAUCCAUUUGUUGACCUCGCUAUUACAAUUUGCAUUGUUUUAAAUACAUUGUUCAUGGCAAUGGAACAUUACCCGAUGACAGAAAGAUUUUCGGAAGUCCUUAAUGUUGGAAACUUGGUUUUCACAGGAAUCUUCACAGCAGAGAUGUUUCUUAAACUAGUAGCCAAGGAUCCAUAUUAUUAUUUCCAAGAAGGCUGGAAUAUUUUUGAUGGUUUUAUUGUCACCCUUAGUUUGGUUGAACUUGGCCUAGCAAAUGUGGAAGGACUCUCAGUUCUCCGAUCGUUCAGACUGUUGCGAGUUUUCAAAUUGGCUAAAUCUUGGCCAACCCUAAAUAUGCUGAUCAAAAUUAUUGGCAACUCUGUUGGUGCUUUGGGAAAUCUGACUUUGGUCCUGGCCAUCAUUGUCUUCAUUUUUGCUGUGGUUGGUAUGCAGCUCUUUGGUAAAAGCUACAAGGAAUGUGUGUGCAAGAUUGCAAAAGAUUGUGAACUCCCUCGUUGGCACAUGAAUGACUUUUUCCACUCUUUCUUGAUCGUAUUCCGAGUUCUUUGUGGAGAAUGGAUAGAAACCAUGUGGGACUGUAUGGAGGUUGCAGGUCAAGCCAUGUGCCUUACAGUCUUCAUGAUGGUUAUGGUGAUUGGAAAUUUAGUGGUGCUGAAUCUCUUUUUGGCCUUGCUCUUGAGCUCAUUUAGUGCAGAUAACCUUGCUGCUACAGAUGAUGAUAAUGAAAUGAACAAUCUCCAGAUUGCAAUGGCGAGGAUUGAUAAAGGAGUAGAUUUUAUGAAAAGAAAAACCCACGAAUUCAUCCAGAAAUCCUUUGUUAAAAAGCAAAAAGCUCUAGAUGAAAUCAAACCUCUUGAGGAGCUCCACAAUAAAAACAGCUGCGUCUCUAACCACACAGUGGCAAUUGGCAAAGGUCUUGAUUAUUUUAGAGAUAUAAAUGGAACCACCACCAGUGGCAUAGGCACCGGCAGCAGUGUGGAAAGAUAUGUGGUAGAUGAAAGUGAUUACAUGUCGUUCAUUAACAAUCCAAGUCUGACUGUGACUGUACCCAUUGCUGUUGGAGAAUCUGAUUUUGAAAAUUUAAAUACCGAGGAAUUCAGCAGUGAGUCUGAUUUGGAAGAAAGCAAAGAAAAACUAAAUUCUUUUAGCUCAUCAUCAGAAGGAAGCACAGUUGAUAUUGGGCAACCUGGUGAAGAACAAGCAGUGGUAGAACCUGAGGAGGCUCUUGAACCUGAAGCUUGUUUUACAGAAGGUUGUGUACAAAGGUUCAAGUGUUGUCAAGUUAGUGUAGAAGAUGGAAGAGGAAAGCAAUGGUGGAGUCUCAGAAAAACCUGUUUCCGAAUAGUUGAACACAACUGGUUUGAAACCUUCAUUGUUUUUAUGAUUCUCCUUAGCAGUGGUGCUUUGGCCUUUGAAGACAUAUACAUAGAACAGAGGAAAACCAUCAAGACCAUACUGGAAUAUGCUGACAAAGUCUUCACUUACAUCUUUAUUCUUGAAAUGCUUCUGAAAUGGGUAGCAUAUGGAUAUCAAACAUACUUUACUAAUGCCUGGUGCUGGCUGGAUUUCUUGAUUGUUGAUGUAUCCUUGGUUAGUUUAACAGCAAAUGCGCUGGGUUAUUCAGAACUUGGUGCCAUUAAAUCCCUUAGGACACUGAGAGCAUUGAGACCUUUAAGAGCCUUAUCAAGAUUUGAAGGGAUGAGGGUGGUUGUGAAUGCCCUUCUUGGAGCAAUUCCAUCCAUCAUGAACGUGCUUCUUGUUUGUCUUAUAUUCUGGCUGAUUUUCAGCAUCAUGGGAGUAAACCUGUUUGCUGGCAAAUUCUACCAUUGUGUUAAUACCACAACUGGCGAAAUGUUUAAAAUUGAUGAAGUUGCCAAUAUGUCUGAGUGUGAGAAUCUCAUAAAUGCAAAUGAAACUGCCAGAUGGAAAAAUGUGAAAGUCAACUUUGAUAACGUAGGAUUUGGGUAUCUUUCUUUAUUGCAAGUAGCCACUUUUAAAGGAUGGAUGGAUAUUAUGUAUGCGGCAGUUGAUUCAAGAAAAGUGCGUGAACAGCCUAUAUAUGAAGAUAACCUUUAUAUGUAUAUUUACUUUGUUAUCUUUAUCAUCUUUGGAUCAUUUUUUACCCUGAAUUUAUUUAUUGGUGUCAUCAUAGAUAACUUCAAUCAACAAAAAAAGAAGUUUGGAGGCCAAGACAUCUUUAUGACAGAAGAACAGAAAAAGUACUACAAUGCCAUGAAAAAAUUGGGGUCAAAAAAACCUCAAAAACCCAUACCUAGGCCAGGGAACAAAUAUCAAGGCAUGGUGUUUGAUUUUGUGACCAAACAAGUAUUUGACAUCACUAUUAUGAUUCUUAUCUGCCUUAACAUGAUCACCAUGAUGGUAGAAACAGAUGAUCAAAGUAAACAAACAGAAGAUAUUCUCUACCGCAUUAAUUUUAUAUUUAUUGUCCUUUUCACUGGAGAAUGUGUCCUCAAACUAAUUUCCCUGCGCUAUUAUUAUUUCACAAUUGGAUGGAACAUUUUUGACUUUGUGGUUGUCAUCCUUUCUAUUGUAGGUAUGUUUUUGGCAGAGAUCAUUGAGAAAUAUUUUGUGUCCCCCACCUUGUUCCGAGUAAUUCGACUUGCCAGAAUAGGUCGAAUCCUGCGUCUAAUCAAGGGGGCAAAGGGAAUCCGCACUCUGCUCUUUGCCUUGAUGAUGUCUCUCCCUGCCUUGUUCAACAUUGGUCUCCUCCUUUUCCUGGUCAUGUUCAUCUAUGCUAUAUUUGGAAUGUCCAACUUUGCCUAUGUAAAGAGAGAAGUUGGCAUUGAUGACAUGUUCAACUUUGAAACUUUUGGCAACAGCAUGAUCUGCCUCUUUAUGAUCACCACCUCUGCUGGCUGGGAUGGCCUGCUAGCACCCAUCCUGAACAGCGGGCCUCCAGACUGCGACCCUAAAAAAGAUCACCCAGGAAGUUCUGUCAAAGGAGACUGUGGCAAUCCUUCGGUUGGGAUUUUCUUCUUUGUCAGUUACAUUAUCAUCUCAUUUUUAGUUGUAGUAAACAUGUAUAUUGCUGUCAUUUUGGAGAACUUUGGUGUGGCAACUGAAGAAAGUGCUGAGCCUUUGAGCGAGGAUGAUUUUGAGAUGUUUUAUGAGGUCUGGGAAAAGUUUGACCCAGAUGCUACACAGUUUAUGGAAUUUGAGAAACUUUCAGAGUUUGCAGCUGCUCUGGAGCCUCCUCUUCACUUACCUAAACCAAACAAGGUUCAACUUAUUGCAAUGGACCUGCCCAUGGUAAAUGGUGACAGAAUUCACUGCCUCGAUAUAUUGUUUGCUUUCACCAAACGUGUUCUGGGGGAAAGCGGAGAGAUGGAUGCUCUCCGCAUUCAGAUGGAAGACCGCUUCAUGCAGUCAAAUCCAUCCAAAGCCUCCUAUGAGCCCAUCACAACUACCUUAAAAAGGAAACAAGAGGAGCUAUCGGCUGUCAUCAUCCAACGAGCUUACAGACGUUAUCGUCUGACACAAACAAUAAAGCAAGCUUCAUUUUUAUAUAAUAAAAAUAAAAUCGAAGGAGGGGCUAGCCAACGUAUUAAAGACGAAUUCCUCGUUGACAAAAUAAAUGAAAACUCUUACACAGAUAUGACCAUGUCAACAGCUAUCUGUCCACCAUCCUAUGAUCGUGUAACCAAGCCAGUUGAAGAAAAACAUGAAAAAGAAGGCAAAGAUGUACAAAAGAAAAAAUAAAAAUCUCUUUGAUUGGGUGACUAAUUGUUUACAGCCUGUGUGAGUAAUGUAGUUGUGUCAACAGAACUCCUCCAGGUGGUCUAUGCCAAACAGACAGUUUUUACAAAUGUACUGUAUUCCUAAGGUCAGUGCCUCUAACACGACAGCAACCCCUUAUCAAAAUACAACUGUAAAAUGUAGAAAGAAUGACAGGAGGUUACUGUUUUUAUUACCAGCUGACAGUGCUGAAGAGGAGAGAGAAAUGGCUGAUUAGACUGUAGGGACCAGUAAAAGGAGUUGAGGGGAAAAAAAACUUAACUUUUCUUUGAUGUGUAUGUGUGUGUAUGAAUGUGUGUGUGUGUGUGUGUGUGUUUAAGCAUACAACUCUUAGUACAGUCAAUGUAAUCUACUGUUUGCAUUUCAACUGCCAUAUUUGUCAUCUUUUUACAAAAUCUGGGUUGGUGGAUUCACCCUUUUCUUUGUUUCUAUUCACACAUUGUGACUAUUUUUGUAAAUGGGGUUUAUGUUGGGAAAGGGGGUAAGUAGUAAAUUACCAGUAUGAGGCCCAGGUGUUCUAUGUUAUGACUCUCUUAUAUGCACACCAAAAUGAUUUGCAUGGAGGCAUGCUGCACUUCUCAAUCAUGCAUGGUGGGAAAAGCAUUUGGUUAGGAAAAGCAACAGGUCUUUGACAACUCUGUUAACCCUGAAGGAAUGUUCCAUGUUGAGGUGCUUAACCAACAAUAAACCAAAUGGAUUAUUUUUGCACAGACAAUUAAAUCUCACAAGAACUGGAGUUGGAAAUUACUGGUUUUAUGUCUUGGUUGUUUGUCUUAUUUUGUGUGGCGUCACUUAAAUCAGUGUGACCUCCAACCAUCCUCUCUUCCCCACCAGUCCUGAACAGACCCCCAAUUCCAUUAUAAUAUGUUUACUUGUUUUUCUCCUGCAAUAUUGUUUAGCCAUCUUCAGCUCUCAGCAGGGUUGCCAACAUGUGUGUCUAAUGAAGAGCCCUCUGUUGUGUAAAUAGUCCUUUACUUGUGGUGCACGUUUGAGCAAAUGAAUAAUGAUCCGAGCACAUUAUGUACGUACCACAAUAAGUUUAGUGUGCAAGCUUUCAGCAGGUAAAACGAUGUAUUCUGUACCAUUAUAGGUAGUUUGGAUUCAAUCAAUGCAUGUUUAUAUUGCCUACGCUUCUCUUCUUUAGACUGGCCAGAAUCUUAAAUACAGGGAGCCGAAUGUCAGCGGUAAAGUGAAAAAAAGAGUUCAACAAGACCUCAUUCCCUCCUAUCAUUAAGCAAUAUUGGAGAGAUUUUUUUUUCUUUUGUUUGACAUUUUAACAUUUUAAGUAAACAAACCCAAUGUAUAGCCAAACUGUACAGAGUAUACUGCAAAUGCCUAAACCUAUUGAAAAUAAUGUGGGUAGAAUUUUAUAAGGAAAUAUAAAUAUUGUAAAGAUCAAGUUGUGUUAUUUUUGAGCAUUAUGUACAUAAAAUAAGAAAGAAUUUUAUCUUCAGGUUGAUAUUGCAGCCUUUUAAGUUAGAUUCUUUCCAUAGCACUUUUUUCAUGAAAGAAUAUCAGAAAACAAGAAAUGAAGAAGAGACGGGUAAUUGUAGCUUUCUGCUUUUUAAAUUGUAUUUGCUAAUAUUUUCAAGAUGCAAUAAUUCAAUGAUUUGUGAAAGAAAUAUCCCAAUUUUGCUAGCUUCCAAACAGCUAUUCUUUGCUGUAAGAAAAGGAUAUAAGAUUUGGUUUAAUUUUUUAGCUGUGCCUGCAUCAGAAAAUGUAGCAUUUUUUUCUCAGAAACACAAUGUUUUUCCUGGAAUUAUUUAAUGCUAACUGUAUAUUUAUUUGAUUCCAUGCUUUAGAAUCAUUGCUAAUAUAUCGGUAUUUUUUCACAGAAAAGAAUAUCAAAAUUAUAUAACCAAAUACAUCUGGAAAUUUUAUGUUUCUUAUAUAUGUUAAAUAUAGAUGCUUUCUUUUAAUAAACUAUCAACUUAUUGUAUUGUUGAAUUGCAUGCAGGAAAUGCUACUAAUAUUCUCAGUAAUGUUAUACAUAAUUACCAAUGUGCAAAAAUAAUAAAGAUUACUUUUUUAUUGUAA